AAAUAAGUGGCAGUUCGCACUUUCUGUCAGUCCAGCGCUCCUGUUAGGAGGGGGAGUGAGACCGGUGAGAGGGGAGAGAGAAAAAGAGGAAGGGGGCCUUUUUUGUCCCUUCUUAAAAGGGUGGUGGGCAGAAGUUGGUAACCUAAACGCUGAAAACAACAAAAAGCACGGAUAGGCGUAUAUAAACCUUUCUUUUUCCUCAAAGUCCUCCCCCCCUUUUAUACAAAAGGAUGGAGAACGCACACACAAAGUCUCCGACAGAAUGUCUGGCCCAUUUCGGAGUGAACGAAGCCGCUGGCCUCACUCCUGAUCAGUUCAAGAAGAACCUGGAAAAGUGGGGCUACAACGAGCUCCCUGCUGAGGAGGGAAAGUCACUCUGGGAAUUGGUCGUUGAACAGUUUGAGGAUCUUUUGGUCAGAAUUCUGUUGUUGGCUGCCUGCAUCAGUUUUGUGCUGGCCUGGUUUGAGGAAGGUGAGGAGACUGUCACUGCUUUUGUAGAGCCCUUCGUUAUCCUCCUUAUCCUUAUCGCCAAUGCUGUGGUGGGAGUCUGGCAGGAACGCAAUGCAGAGAGCGCCAUUGAGGCUCUGAAGGAGUAUGAGCCUGAGAUGGGCAAGGUUUACCGUGCUGACAGAAAGAGUGUCCAGAGGAUCAAGGCCAGAGAAAUUGUCCCUGGAGAUAUUGUGGAAGUGUCUGUUGGUGACAAGGUCCCCGCUGAUAUCAGAAUCACUGCUAUCCGUUCCACAACCCUGCGUGUUGACCAGUCCAUCCUUACCGGUGAGUCAGUCAGUGUGAUCAAGCACACCGAAGCUGUCCCCGACCCCAGAGCUGUCAACCAGGACAAGAAGAACAUGCUUUUCUCUGGCACAAACAUCGCUGCAGGCAAGGCCAUUGGUGUGGCUGUGGCCACUGGGGUCUCCACUGAGAUUGGCAAAAUCCGUGACCAGAUGGCCGCCACCGAGCAGGAGAAGACCCCCCUGCAGCAGAAGCUGGAUGAGUUUGGCGAGCAGCUGUCCAAAGUCAUCUCCCUCAUCUGCGUGGCUGUGUGGCUGAUCAACAUUGGCCACUUCAACGACCCCGUCCACGGUGGCUCCUGGAUCCGUGGUGCCGUGUACUACUUCAAGAUCGCCGUGGCCCUGGCUGUGGCUGCCAUCCCUGAGGGUCUGCCCGCUGUCAUCACCACUUGCCUGGCCCUGGGCACCCGUCGUAUGGCCAAGAAGAACGCCAUUGUCAGAAGCCUGCCCUCUGUGGAGACCCUGGGCUGUACCUCUGUCAUCUGCUCUGACAAGACUGGCACACUCACUACCAACCAAAUGUGUGUGACCAAGAUGUUCAUUAUUGAGAAAGUGGAGGGUGACCAUGUUACCCUGGAUGAGUUCAACAUCUCUGGCUCCAAGUACACCCCCGAGGGAGAAGUCACCAAAGAGGGUUCUAUUGUGAAGUGCGGUCAGUAUGAUGGUCUGGUUGAGCUGGCAACCAUCUGUGCCUUGUGCAAUGACUCCUCUCUGGACUACAAUGAGGCUAAGGGCAUCUAUGAGAAAGUGGGCGAGGCCACUGAGACUGCCCUAAGCUGCCUGGUGGAGAAGAUGAAUGUGUUCAACACCGAUGUGCGCAAUCUGUCCAAAAUUGAGAGGGCCAACGCCUGCUGCACUGUCAUCAAGCAACUGAUGAGGAAGGAGUUCACCCUGGAGUUCUCUCGUGACAGGAAGUCCAUGUCCGUGUAUUGCACUCCUGCAAAAGCAUCUCGUGCUUCAGUGGGCAACAAAAUGUUUGUCAAGGGUGCCCCUGAGGGUGUGAUUGACAGGUGCUCCUAUGUGCGUGUCGGUACCACCCGUGUGCCACUGACCUCAAUAGUGAAGGACAAGAUCUUGGCUGUCAUCAAGGAGUGGGGCACUGGCAGAGACACCUUGCGUUGUCUGGCCCUGGCCACCCGUGACACCCCUCUGAAGAUAGAGGAGAUGAACCUGGAGGACUCCACCAGAUUUGUAGACUAUGAGACUGACCUGACCUUCGUCGGCUGCGUGGGUAUGCUGGACCCCCCCCGCAAGGAGGUCACUGGCUCAAUCCAACUCUGCAGAGCGGCUGGCAUCCGCGUCAUCAUGAUCACUGGUGACAACAAGGGCACAGCUGUGGCUAUCUGCCGCCGCAUUGGCAUCUUUGGAGAGGAUGAGGAUGUGACUGGCCGUGCCUUCACUGGUCGUGAGUUUGAUGAUCUGCCUGUGUACGAGCAAAGGGAGGCUGUCCGCAAGGCCUGCUGCUUUGCCCGUGUGGAGCCCUCCCACAAGAGCAAGAUCGUCGAGUUCCUGCAGGGCUUUGACGAGAUCACUGCCAUGACCGGUGAUGGAGUGAACGAUGCCCCCGCGCUGAAGAAAGCCGAGAUUGGCAUUGCCAUGGGCUCUGGCACAGCCGUUGCCAAGUCAGCCUCUGAGAUGGUCCUGGCUGAUGACAACUUCUCUUCCAUUGUGGCUGCUGUAGAGGAGGGCAGAGCCAUCUACAACAACAUGAAGCAGUUCAUCCGUUAUCUUAUCUCCUCCAAUGUUGGAGAGGUCGUCUGUAUCUUCCUGACUGCUGCUCUGGGUCUGCCCGAGGCCUUGAUCCCUGUGCAGCUGCUGUGGGUGAAUUUGGUCACAGACGGUCUGCCCGCCACUGCCCUGGGCUUCAACCCCCCUGAUCUCGACAUCAUGGGCAAGGCUCCCCGCUCCCCCAAAGAGCCCCUCAUCUCUGGCUGGCUCUUCUUCAGAUACAUGGCCAUCGGAGGCUAUGUGGGUGCAGCUACUGUUGGUGCAGCUGCUUCCUGGUUCAUGUAUGAUGAAGAAGGUCCAGGUGUGACAUACUACCAGCUAUCUCACUUCAUGCAGUGCCAUGACGAAAAUGAGAAUUUCACGGGCAUUGACUGCGACGUGUUUGAGGCUGCCCCACCAAUGACCAUGGCCUUGUCUGUGCUGGUCACCAUCGAGAUGUGCAAUGCUCUCAACAGCUUGUCUGAGAACCAGUCUCUGGUACGCAUGCCUCCCUGGAGCAAUGGCUGGCUGCUGGGAGCCAUGGGCCUCUCCAUGUCCCUCCACUUCAUGAUCAUCUACGUUGACCCCCUGCCCAUGGUCUUCAAAUUGACUCACUUGAACUUUUCUCAGUGGAUGGUGGUACUGAAGCUAUCUUUCCCAGUCAUCCUGAUUGAUGAGGUUUUGAAGUUCGUUGCCCGCAACUACCUGGAAGACUAAUCCUGUUCCCCUCCCUCAAUUUACCCGUAAGAAAGCAAGAGAGAGAGAUGAUAAUCUAGUGACAAAGAAGUGGAAUUGAGAACAGAGGGAGGAAGAGCAAGAAGUGCUGAGCGAGGAAUGAGGCGCUCCAAAGAGCAAGAGCCCAGCUAGUCACUGGAAGAGGGAAUAAAAACAAUGAAAAUCAAGAAAAAAGCACAAAACCAAAAAAUAUAUAUAAAUAAAACCUCUGUGUACGAAAAGAGAUUAAGUUAAUAUAUAGGUCAUUACAAAUACUAUAUUGUAAUAAUGACAAUUUUAUUCUUAAAAAUAAAGAUACAUUUUGAAGAGAA